AUGGCACAUGAAAGUGGUGGCAAUCAACGGUCAGCCGAACAUCCUCUUUCGUUUCCCCGACAGAUCUUUCUCAGUCCAGACAGCAAUCAUCGUCGCAAGUCCUCACUCGUCUCGUCCGAAGACCCGAGAAUCGACCAGCGCAGAACAGACUCGUACGACAGGAACACCGCCUGCUUCGUCCAUUCGCUUCUCAACGGUGAAUGGGUUGCGCCCGCUGAAACGCUCGAGGAUAUCGACAGCAGCGUAAGAGAGAAGGGACUGGUCUCGGGCGAGAGCCGUCCCGAAGACAAUGACAGUUUGUCGGUCGUCGAUCAUGCCAGCCGGCUCCCCGAGCAGGGCGCUCCCGCUGUCGUCCACUCACGGCAUCUGACAAAGAGGCAGCUGUCCGACAUGGCGUGGAAUGUUCGCAGGUUGUCGAAAAGGCUGGGCAGUAUCAAGCUGAGACUGACAGUCAAGACCGUCUUUCUGGUGACCAAGGUGCACGACGUAUCACUGAUCAAACUGACGAGGGAGGUGACGCAAUGGCUUCUCUCGAAGGACCGAUAUACCAAAUAUACUGUCUACGUCGAAGACAGGCUGAAGGACCAUCCGGAUUUCAACGCGGCCGGCCUGAUCGAGGAGGAGCCGUCAGCCGCUGGCCGGUUGAAAUACUGGGAUACCAAGCUCGCAUCAGAGCAUCCCCAGAUGUUCGACUUUGUCGUCACCUUGGGCGGCGAUGGAACCGUACUCUACACAAGCUGGCUUUUCCAGCGGAUUGUACCACCGGUCCUGUCUUUUUCUCUCGGGUCUCUUGGCUUCCUGACCAAGUUCGACUUCAACAACUACCAAGAGAUACUUACAAAUGCUUUUCGAGACGGCGUCGUUGUUAGUCUGCGACUGAGAUUCGAAUGCACGGUCAUGAGGAGCAAUCCCCAGCGAAAGGAAGGUGAACCUGGGACGAAAAGGGACCUCGUGGAGGAACUGAUCGGAGAGGAAGUGGGGGACUCCUUGACGCAUACACCCGACAAGGUCUUUGAGAUUCUAAACGACGUAGUGGUGGACAGAGGUCCAAACCCGACGAUGUCGUCUAUUGAGCUGUUCGGAGAUGACGAGCAUUUCACCACCGUCCUGGCCGACGGAGUGUGCAUCUCGACACCUACUGGAUCAACCGCCUACAAUCUUGCUGCUGGUGGUUCACUGUCACAUCCAGAGAAUCCGGUCAUCCUCGUGACAGCAAUCUGUGCUCAUACAUUAUCGUUCCGACCGAUCAUAUUACCAGAUACCAUGGUCUUACGGAUGGGCGUGCCUUAUGAUGCCCGCACAACCUCGUGGGCGAGCUUUGAUGGGCGAGAGCGGGUCGAGUUACAUCCGGGCGACUACGUUACUGUUUCUGCAUCUCGCUAUCCCUUUGCGUAUGUUCUUCCUCCCGGACGGCGCAGCGAGGAUUGGGUGCAAAGUAUCUCGAAGACCUUGAACUGGAAUUCAAGGCAAAGACAGAAGGGGUUUAGAUGA